CUCCGCGGGCGCCGCAUCUCCUAGCUGCGGCCGGUCAGGGUUUUAUGGUCCUGAGUCAGGCCCGCCGGCGCCGCGGGUCCUCCACCUGCGGUGGGGAAAGGCAUUGACCAAUACUUCUCGGAUGAAUUUGACCAUGGAUACUUGAAUGUUAGGUUUCCAUAAAUGAAUAGAGCAGUUCAAUGCUGUUUGGAGCAAUGCUGAAAUUCCAAGAGGCUGCUAAGUGUGGGACAGGAUCAACAGCCAUUUCUACUUCUCCACGGGCCUUGAUUGCAAGAAGAUAUGAACUUCAGCAGAAACUUGGCAGUGGAAGUUUUGGAACUGUCUACCUGGUUUCAGAUAAGAAAGCCAGACAAGGAGAGGAAUUAAAAGUGCUGAAAGAAAUCUCUGUUGGAGGACUAAAUCCAAACGAAACUGUGCAGGCCAGCUUGGAAGCUCAGCUCCUAUCCACGCUGGACCAUCCGGCCAUUGUCAAGUUCUAUGCCAGCUUCGUGGAACAAGAUAAUUUCUGCAUUAUCACAGAGUAUUGUGAGGGCCGUGAUCUGGAUUAUAAAAUUCAAGAAUAUAAAGAAGCUGGGAAAAUCUUUACAGAAAAUCAAAUAAUAGAGUGGUUUAUCCAGCUGUUGCUAGGAGUUGACUACAUGCAUGAAAGAAGGAUACUUCAUCGAGACUUGAAAUCAAAGAAUAUAUUUCUGAAAAAUAAUCUGCUUAAAAUUGGGGAUUUUGGAGUUUCUCGCCUCUUAAUGGGAUCCUGCGACCUGGCCACAACUUUAACUGGAACUCCCCACUAUAUGAGUCCCGAGGCUCUUAAACACCAAGGCUAUGACACAAAAUCGGACAUUUGGUCACUGGCAUGCAUUUUAUAUGAGAUGUGUUGUAUGAAUCAUGCAUUCACUGGCUCCACUUUCUUGUCUAUUGUUUUAAAUAUUGUUGGAGGGGACACACCUUCACUUCCUCCGAGAUACCCAAGAGAACUCAACACCAUCAUGGAAAGCAUGUUGAACAAGAGUCCUUCAUUGAGACCAUCUGCCAUGGAAAUUUUAAAAAUUCCCUACAUUGAUGCACAACUACAGCACCUGAUGCUUAAAUAUUCAGAAAUGACUCUGGAAGACAAGAAUUUGGAUUGUCAGAAGGAAGCUGCUCAUAUAAUUAAUGCCAUGCAGAAAAAGAUCCACCUGCGGACUCUGUGGGCGCUGUCUGAAGUGCAGAAAAUGACGCCCAGAGAAAGGAUGAGGCUGAGGAAGCUCCAGGCAGCAGAUGAAAAAGCUGGGAAGCUGAAAAAGAUUGUGGAAGAAAAGUAUGAAGAAAAUAAUAAGCGGAUGCAAGAGUUGAGAUCUCGAAACUUUCACCAGCUGAAUACUGAUGUACUCCAGGAAUUAGAGGAACCAUCUUCAGAGAACCUGCCUGAGACUCAGCCUAUUCCUUCCCUGGAGCUCAGUGAACUUGAGUCAAGCAUAGAGGAUGCCAUAGUUGACCUUGGAUGUCAUGAGAUCCCAGAAGACCCACUUGUGGCUGAAGAGUAUUAUGCUGAUGUGUUUGAUUCCUGUUCUGAAGAGAGGAGCAGGAAGGAGAAUCAGUGUCCUUGUGACCAGAGGGAGAAGUCCAGGAUGAGGGAUGCCAGCCUUCUUACAGAACCAAUCAACAGGACAGUGACAUUGAAGCAUUGGCUAAGUGUUUGGAAAGUGUCCUGGGUUGCACCUCUCUUGAUACAAGGACCAUGACCAGUGUGGCUGCAGAUGUGUCCCCAGGACCAACCAUUUUCAACAAUAUGAUGGCCAGGAACAAGAUAAAACACAUGAAGGAAUUAGCCUUGCAAAAGCUGGGAGAGAAAGUAUUUGAUGAAGUCUAUAAUUACCUCAAGAGAGCAAGACAUCAGAAUGCCAGUGAAACAGAGAUCCGGGAGGGUCUCGAAAAAGUGGUACCUCGGGCCAGUGAUUGCUUUGAAGUUGACCAACUCCUCUACUUUGAAGAGCAGUUGCUGAUUGCAGUAGGAGAGGAGACCCCACUCCAGAAUGAACCUUUACUAGAGAAUGUCAAAAACAAGCAGAAGUUCAAGUGGACAAAUUUCAGUGGAAAUCCAUGAAACAUAUAAGCCGGUCUUUAUGACGGAAAAGGGGUAUAUGAUUAUAGCUACUGUCUUUAUCAGUUCUUUGCCAGAAGUAAUGACUCCUUGGGGCAGUAAUAAAUGUAGUGGCCUAUGCUUGGAGGUACUGGCCAUUAGGUGUUGUUUGAUUUAUUCUGCAAUAACCUUGAGAUCAAAUUUCAUGUGCUGAAAAGGAUCUCCAUCAUGUGCCUUCAGGGCUUCCAACUGGGUUGAACCAUCCUGUUGGUGGCCUCAGAGAAAGGAGCCAGAUACCCUUUAUUACUUCCAAUUGAAUGACAGAGGUCAGUGUUAACCACCUGAAGUCUAUGGGAACUGUAGCCAGUUUUUUUUUUUUUUUUUUUUUUUUGUGAAGAUCACUGGACACUGACCUCUGACAAGCUGAGCUGGCUAGGACUGAGGUAUGCCUCUCUUGGGUAAGCUGGUUUUUGUACACUUUUUCUCUGUCAUGACUAACCAGCAAGAAGUACCUAAAUAUAAGAACCUGGAUUAAAAUUUUUAAAAGUGAUUCCUUUCUGUAA